UGCUUCUGACGUCAGAGAUGAGUUAGAACUAUCCAAGUAUGCGCAGUAAGGUGGACGACAGAGCCGGAGUUGCGAGAUUGGAGGAUAUUAACGGAUAGGAUCCUGACAGUUUCUAGUUACGGACUACACAAUAUAGAUGUAUACUGUAUUGCAUGUUACAUUGAGACACGCUGUACAACCGUCCAUAGUGAAGCAGUGAUCUAAACGGGCAACGCAGAAGGAGAGGCGUUUGGCACCGAUUCAUAGAGCGCCUCAUCCUGUUACAACGUCCUGAAUUCGACCUGUUGGAUGAAAAUGGAGAACUGACCGGAGAAACACCAGCUCACUAGCGAGAGAGAGGCAACUCCUCGGCACUACCCGCAGUCUGAUGGCUGGUCUGAAACGUGGCCACGAUGGGAAGAUCGCCGGCCUGUACGACCUGGACAAGACCCUGGGCCGCGGGCACUUUGCUGUGGUCAAACUGGCCCGGCAUGUCUUCACAGGGGAAAAGGUUGCCGUGAAGGUGAUCGACAAGACCAAGCUGGACGCGGUGGCGCGGGGCCACCUGUUCCAGGAGGUGCGCUGUAUGAAGAUGGUGCAGCACCCCAACGUGGUGCGUCUGUACGAGGUCAUCGACACAGCCACCAAGCUCUACCUCAUCCUGGAGCUGGCGGACGGCGGGGACAUGUACGACUGCAUCAUGAAGCACGAGGGCGGCCUCGGCGAGGAGUUGGCCAAGUGCUACUUCGCCCAGAUCGUGCACGCCAUCUCCUACUGCCACCGGCUUCGGGUGGUGCACCGCGACCUGAAGCCGGAGAACGUGGUGUUCUUCCAGAAGCAGGGCCUGGUCAAGCUCACCGACUUCGGCUUCAGCAACCGCUUCCGCCCCGGGGAGAACCUCAGCACCUCCUGCGGGUCGCUGGCCUACUCCGCCCCCGAGAUCCUGCUGGGGGACGAGUACGACGCCCCCGCCGUCGAUAUCUGGAGCCUGGGUGUGAUUCUCUUCAUGUUGGUGUGUGGUCACCCUCCCUUCCAGGAGACCAACGACAGUGAGACCCUCACCAAGAUCAUGGACUGCAAAUACAGCGUCCCCGCACACGUCUCCAACGCAUGCAGAGAUCUCAUAGGUCAAAUGCUGCAGAGGGACCCCAAGAACCGCACCUCUCUGGAGCUCAUCGAAGAACACGAGUGGCUGCAGGGCGUCGACCCCUCUCCUGCCACAAAGCUAGCCACGCCCCUUGUGUCCCACCGCAGCCUAUCAGAGGAGGAACACGGCUGCAUCAUCCAGCGGCUGGUGCUGGGGGGCAUCGCCGACCGAGACGACAUUACUGAGGCGCUGGAGGCCAACCGGUACAACCACAUCACGGCUACCUACUUCCUGCUGGCCGAGAGGGUGCUGAGGGAGAGGCAGGAGAAGGAGAACCACAGCCAGAUUCGCUCUGCCAGCCCCAGCAAGGCUCAGUUCAGGCAGUCGUGGCCCACCAGGGUGGACGUGCACCAGGACAUGACGGACGGCCUGGGAGGCCCCGCCAUCUCUCACCCCGGGGGUCCCCAGUCCCCCGCCCGCAGCGCCGAGAGCCUCCACCGAGGACCCAGGCCCAAGACGGCACUGCUGGACCUCAGCCAGAGGAAGGACAUGGCCGACCUGCUGCAGCCUAUGACCCAGAGCCACGAGAGGGUCCUCCGGCCGCUGGCUGUGCCCCAGCCCAACCCUCUGAGGCUCGGCCCCUCGGGGCACCACGCCAAGACCAGGAGCCCCAGCCUCCUGAGCGUGGAGGAGGACGAGGAGGAGGAGGGCGAGCCCAAGCCGCUCCCCUUCCAGGUGGUGCUUCGCCCCAAGGUGGGGUCUUCUUCGCGCUCUCCGGCCAACCGGCUGACGUGUCGCAUGAGCGCCCCGAUCCUCAACCAGAUCCACGAGGAGAUCAGCGACGUGGAAGAGGACGAGGCCGACGGGGCAGAGAAGGAGAGGGUGACCCUGCGUGGACUCGCCUCGCCCAGGAACCUCAACCUAACCUCCAGGCUCUCGGCUCCGCCCUGCGCCACUCUGUCCCCCGAUCGCCUCGCCGGAACGACGCCGGAGUCCUUGGCGACGCCCAGCUCGGAGACCUCUGAGGACGACACGCAAGACGACCCCUGCGAGGCGGGACCCCACGGCGGGACGGCGCCGACGCUCUCCUUCGGCGGGGGCGAACGAGAGCCCAUCGUCCGACCUCAAGGGCGGGAGGAACGUGGCCCCAAUGAGCCCGCCAGCCCCCCCAACGGCGGGAGUCCGGGGGACGCUCGGGGCAGGGGUUCGGCCAAAGCCCCCAGCGGCCUGGUGGAGAGCCUGAAGCUCAUGAGUCUGUGCCUCAGCUCGCAGUUCCACAAUCUGACGGGGGGCGGUGACAGGAGCGAGGCGGGGGACCACCGGCCGGAGAGGCCCGUGUGGAGGAUGUGCAUGGGCGGCUCCACCGGCAGCCUGGACAAGGUGUCCCUGCUGGGGGGGCCCACGCCCAGGGUGACCCUCCACCGGUCCACCCCUCUGGGGGACUCGUUCCUGGGGGACCCCCUGCUGGACGGGUCCUGCUCGGGCAACCUGAGGCUGAGCGAGCUGGACCUGGCCAGGGAGAACCACCGGAACCUGAAGAACCGGGUGCUGCAGAUGCCGCUGAGCGACAAGACUCUGUCGGUGAACAUCCAGAGGAGCCCCAAGGAGGGCCUGCUCUUCCCCCCCACGCCCCACAGCUGCUGCCAGGUCAUCUGAAGGCCUGUGGACCCCGCCGCACCUCACCUCCACCCCACCUGCCUGGCUGCUACCCCCUCCACCCAACACCACCCCCAGGACUCCGAUCCUCCCUCCUCUACCUCACCCCACUCUCUUCUACCUCACCCCCUGUCUUACUCCUUUUCCCGCCACUCCCUCUCAUCCCUUCUCCCCCUCAUCCCUCUGUCCUCCGCCCUCUCUCCUCUCCCUGCUACCCUCAGAACUAUCACAGUCAACGCCCUUACCCCCCACACCACCCCCAUUCCCCUCUCACCCUGAUGGUGGGUGAGGAAACACAAUUCACCUUCUUAAACACUAUAUUUAGUUGAGUACAGUCAGUGUUUGCGUGUGAUGCACUCACUGCACAACCUAUUGAAGCACCUUGUGUGAGGAUAUCAGGGGAAAAUACAUAACUCUAGGAGCAAGAAGACCGGAUAGGAGACAAUGGCUCGCUGAACCACAUUGGCAUCACAAUCCCCCUGGAGCGCAACAGGGAGGGAGGGAGGGAGGGAGGGAGGGAGGGGAGCCGUGGUUUCCUCGGUCCCGAGUGACCAUGAAAAGAGUGACCAGCACACAUCUAUUGACUGGCUGCUCUGUGGACAUGUGUCAGACUUUACACACACGCCAAGCAACCGGUGUCUAGGUAAUGCACAUCGGAACAUGUAAGGUGGACGGGCGUUAAAUCAGGGUUUUUAAAGUUGUGUCGUUUGGCCCUGGCUAUAGGGGAGAGUGAGAAUGGAAGAGAAGAGAGCGAGAGAGAGAGCAGUGUUAUUUCAUGUCGAUCACUCGUGUGUCUUGAGGUCUUUACUUUUUUUGCACACUCCGGCCUUUACAACCAUGCAUAUCUGCCUGCACACACAGGCGCACACACACACACACACACACACACACACACACACACACACACACACACACACACACACACACACACACACACACACACACACACACACACACACACACACACACACACACACACACACACACACACACACACACACACACACACACACACACACGAUGUUUACACAUAGGGUUUUAUUUUUAUUAUUCAUGUGAAACCUAUUUUUUUAAAUAAAUAUUUUAGGCAGUUGUCUUUUUUUAAAUGAUUAUGGCUGACUGAUUUGCAUAUGACUUCUUUAGUUUUUUCAGAUUGCAGGAAUUAGCACCCAACAGAGAGAGACUAUGGCACUUACUUUGAAGUCUGUCCCUGUUGUUGUGUUUGUGUACUUCAAAUGGGCUCUGUAGUCUCAGACAGCAAACACAGUCACUUUGAUCAAAGGUCUCUGUGUCUCCACUACAGUAAGGCAGUGUUUUGUACAUAUUGUGAAUAUCCAAAGACCUUUUAGGGUUAUUAUUCACUGGCGUAAAUAUAGUAAUAGUUAAUAGCAAUCAGACUUUUAGAACCUUCUAGAAGGCUGCUGGAUGUGCUUUUCAUUGUUUAAGAGCCAAACGCAACAGCAAAGGGGAUUUAUAAACUAAUGGAAUUGGUGAGUUGAACAUUAUGGAUGGAGAGAUGGCACGAGACAUUUUAUUUAUUUAUUCAUAGGGGAUAAAACAAACUAAUAUUUUUGAAUAUAUAUAUAUAUAUUUUGACUAUGUUGAAUUAUAUUGAGGUGGCUAAAAUCUAUCUAGAUUUGUUUCGUUCUUUCAAUUAUUUAUUUAUUCAUUCAUUUACUUAAAAAUGGAUACUAACGGAACAGGGAGGCCAGUGCAGUAUGCAAUGUUGAAGGUCGGCUUGCAAAUCACACAAUCCCGUACCCAAAUACGCCACUAGAGAGAGUUAUCUAGCUGCUAAUAUUAGCGUUGGGUCAGAACCAAAAAAUCGCGCAUGUCCUCUAGCUUUCAAGGACUAGCCACUUGUUGUGUAGCAUAUUCAAGGACCUAUAAAAAGAAACAGAAACCAACCAAACAAAAUCGUGUGUGAAUAGAUAUUUGACUUAAGUGGUAUGUUUACCCAGUGCAUGUUUUUUACUGUUGCAACUUCAACGUCAUACAGAGGUCAACCCACCUAGGCCUAUAUCGUAUCUAUCCAACAUAAGCUGAUGUGUCACCUCACUGUACCGUAUCCGCACACAGCAAUACCAACGACGGAAAAAUGUACCAACAAACAUGGGUGUGCCAUACAAUUGGUUUUGAACAUAUUGUACUGUAUGAAACAUGAGAUAUAAUACAUGUAUAUUGAAAUAAAAAUCAUGCGAACGGAAUAA